AUGCGCAACUUCUCCCCCGUACGAAGUCGCAGAACGUUUUCCCUGUUCAUCUGCCUUGUUUUCUUUGGUGCACUGCUCUACAAUGACUACAUAAGAAAACGGCCAUGGCUGCACAUUCCACACUCAAACGCAUACUACAAUGGAGUACAUACGAUUACUCGCCCGGGAAAUCCUGUAUUAGACAGGCAUGGUGAAGCUCGAGCCUCGCCAACGGACAAGCCUCCCACACCGCGGCCAUACAACCCCUACCCAGCGCGGGAAACAUGGCAAACAUGCUACCUAGACGCAGAGGACACAACACCAGCACCGGAUAUUUAUGCGUAUGGUGGAAUGCCUGAGCGAAUGCCUAUGCCAGUCUUGGGAUCUUAUGAGCUCUUGAAAAUUAGGGACGACGUUUGCUUCGAUCGUUUUGGGCGAUACGGUCCGUACGGCCUUGGCUACGGCAAAGCUCUUGGGGGUGUUGGAUUCGAAAAAGAAACCGAGGAGUCAAGUGCCGAACACGUUUGGGCAAAAACAGGCCUAAUCGACUACCGGCGCAUCAAUUGGGCAGAUGCACAGCAAAGAUGUUACGAGUCCAACAAUCGCCAGGCCGAGAGCAUCGCGGACGAGUCCCGCACGUCUACAAGAAUAGAAUCCAGGACGGCGGUAGUGGUUCGCAGCUACGAGGGCUUCGCUUGGACACCGAUGUUUAUUCUCAAUCUCCGCGCCAUGAUCACCGAGCUAUCCCUGAGAACGGGAGGCGAGUACUCCAUACAUUUGUUGAUGCAAGUCAAGGACACGAAGUACCCUGUGUGGGCUGACUCAACUCUUCGGGAAGCGUACUUGAAGAAACACGUUCCGUUAGAGUUUCAGGGCCUUGUCACGCUUUGGAGCGAGCUGCAGAUGAAGCUGCUGUACCCAGGCGACUAUUCAACCUACUUUCGAAAUCCGACCGGCGAAGAUGUCCACGGCGUGUAUCGCAGCCCUCACUUACCGCUUCAAAACUUUGCGAAGGAGCAUCCCGAGUACGAUCAUUUUUGGAACUGGGAAAUGGACGUUAGAGUGUUGGGCAACUACUAUGAGAUGCUCGACCGGAUCGGCAAAUGGGCUGAUGCGCGGUCGCGAGAGCUGCUCUGGGAGCACAAUGAGCGGUAUUACGUCCCAGGGUACCACAAAUCUUGGGAAAACUUUACCAGCACCGUACGCAAGCAGGAGGAGUCGCAGAACCAGGCUCUCUUGGGUCCUUUGAAUGCACUCUGGAGGAAAAAACUAUCGUUUGAGGAGGAAGGAGAAUCUAUUUUGCCCACCGACUGCCUGCAUCAGCACGGUACUUGCAGCGUCGAGGAAGAUGCAGACCUGAUUACGCUCAACCCCAUCUUCGACGUCCGUCACUCAGACUGGUACUUUGCCCAGGAUGUCACCGGGUACGACAAGGCUCUCUGGGAGGAUCUCCCUCGCCGGGCGGCCAUCAUCACCGUCGGCCGAUACAGCAGACGCCUUCUCAUGGCGAUGCACGAGGAGGUGUGGCGGUACAACCACAACAUGUUUGCCGAAAUGUUUCCCGCCUCAAUUGCCUUUCAUCAUGGCUUCAAGGCCGUAUAUGCGCCGCACCCGGUAUAUCUGAACCGCGCAUGGGGACCUGCCUCGGAGAUUGACAGGCACUUCAACCGCGGGGAGCGGCACUCGACGUCGGGCCGCAAUGGCCCCUUCAGCUUGGCGACGGAGCAUGUGCACGGCAUUUCGAGCUGGUACUACAAGAGCCACUUUUCUGAGCAGCUGUGGAGGCGCUGGCUGGGUUACGCAGACAGCAAGGGAAGAGGGGGCUUGGAAGAGGAGAGUGGUGAUGAAGGCACCGGGCGCAUGUGUCUGCGGAGCAUGUUGCUACAUCCCAUCAAGCAUGAGCAUCCAUCGGAGUGA